GACGUGUGUUCUUGUUUGUUGACGUUGUCAAUUUCACCUGUCGAAAAUUUUUAGAAGUGCUAUAUUUGUUUUGCAAUUUCAAUAAUAAUUAUAUAUCAAAAUGGACUUUUUCACAUCAAUUCCGACCCACAUUGACUACGUCGGCCAAGCAAAAGCUGAGAAGCUGUACCGAGCUAUCAUAACCCUUUUCAGUAUUGUUGGAUUCGUUUGGGGUUACAUAGUUCAGCAAUUCUCUCAAUCUGUGUACAUUCUUGGGGCCGGUUUUAUUCUAGCUGCAAUCCUGACACUUCCUCCCUGGCCCAUGUAUCGACGUAAUCCUCUGAAUUGGCAAAAUCCAAGAAAUGCUGACGAGAAACCCGCAGGCAAGAAAGGCAAGAAAUAGGAAAACAUUCCACUCCUUUGAUUAAGUGUACAUCUAUUUUAUGUUAACUUCAAUAAAAGCAUAGCGUUUAAGAA